GCCAUUAAGCUCUUUAACUUCCAUCCAAGCUAACUGAAGAAAUUAAUUCAAUUCAUCAAGCUCUAAGUACGCUACAAAUAAACCGUGACAUUAGUAACAAACAAGUAUCUCACUCAUAAUCGUGUCAUAUGUGUAACGAAGACAUUAAGCUCACUACAACCCCGCUCUUCGUACUAUUCGUCUACAUAUUUCCACUUCCCAUCUUCAAAAAUUAGCUCGCAAGCAUAGCCCAGCAUAGCCUCAGUUCAUUAUCUUCAGAGACCUCAACACUCCCAUCGAUUUUUACUUUUAACAUAUCCAUCAAUUCUCAUUGCCCGAGUAUGAUCUAAAUAUGACCACCGAUUCGCGUUCCCUGCGCGACUACGUCGAAGAACCAGAUGAACUUUUCCAACUUCCCGAUAAGGAGUUCUUCCCACUUAUCUAUGAUGAAUUCAAGCCCGAGGUAGAUCGGCUCAAGCGUGCCUACUCCGUCGGUGGCAAUGACAGUAAGCCAUCGGCCGUAUCACCCUCAGUGAUACUAUACGGAGAAGAGUAUGAUGAGGUCAAUCGUACCCUCGUUGGACUGCUAGCAUUGAGAUGGGUUCAUAACAAUCAAUACGAUAUACUAGUUUCGAACCAAGCCGAGGCCCUACGACUUUCUCGUGAGUCGUUUGAUUGGAUACAUAACUUCUACAGGGAGUCAAUCAAGACCUCGGAAGAAUUGUACUUUAUCAUUACUUCCAUAAUAGUAAAUGAUAUAGGAAAAGAUGACCAACUUGCGAUUGACUAUCAAACGGCAACUGGAGAAGAUAUUAGCCAUUUAAAUCACGACAUGAUUCUUUUGAAAGCUGCUAGAGGAGGCCUGCUAGGCUGUCUGGAGCGCCUGUCCGAAGCAGAUCGAUCUGAUAUGAUAUACGGCAUGGAAUUGGGGGCCGAAUUCAACUUUGGGCAAUUGGCUCAGGCAGAAAAUGUGCCUGCUUGCUUGGCCAACUUUGAAAAAAUGAGGGACCAUGCCCGCAGCUUUCGGCUACGCUUCCUCGAACAAAUGCUAGACAUUGCGGGCGCCGCCGGCCACCUUGAUUGGACUUGCGCAAAAAAGCUGACUCAAUCGAAUUUUGAUGCCUACUCUACAGUAUACGAAGUCGGAAUAGGCAUAAUAUCGGAUGGCUUGACUUUACGCGAGGGUUACGAUCUAGUCCUGACGCGUCGCCUCGAGCUACUUCAAGAAAAAGGGUUCCGGAAGUUGGAUCUGGAAGUCGAAGAUGAUCGGGCUCUUGCACGACUCUUAUGCAUGACCAGUGCUGCAGACCCUGCGACCGCUGAAUUAUACGACCGAGCGUGGACGACUCUUGAAGACGAUGUGAGGCAGUCAUUACGCGAAUCCCUCAAUAUUGACGGAUCUGUCGAAACCCCAGCCGUACAGGUCACAUACAUUCCGGCCCUCAUCACUCAAGCAGUUGAUGCCAGUGGCCCUGGAACGUCAGAAGCUAAGGAGCGUCGGCUUCAGAGCGCACUCCGUUACUUAAAUAAAGUAAUGUCUGCUCCCGAAAAACCGGAUGGGCCCGUUAGUGUUAUAGAACGGAAUGUAUUGGCUACUCUCAAAAACGUGGUACAGAAUCCCCAGUUCCGUGAGGACCCUACCACCCUAGAACAAGCCCUAGUACCAGAAAGUCUCGUCGCGAAGAUGGAAUCAUGAACGGCAACCUGGGUUAGAAAUCGACUCUCAUCGGUGCGUUACAGAGCAGACGAUUCACCCCAGUAUAUUUCCUUGCUUUGCUAAUUGGUACGACAUACGAUUGGAUUUACUGCAUUAUGCAUCACUAUAGCGAUUAUUUAUAAAUUCAUGUAUUAUUUCUCUCUGCGCGACCGUCUUUUUACAAAUUACCCUGAAGAAGUAUCACCCCACC